AUGCGUUGGCAGCAAAAUAGCAUCCUGCAGCCUCUGCUGCUUGCUGCAUCCCUUGUCUCCGUAACAUCAGCAGCGGGUCGCAGUCUGCGACAUGUAGGCAAGUCAGAUGCUAUCCUGAACAGCUUCCAUAACCGCGCGCCCUACGCCAGCGAGCUGGAUGAGCGUCUGGAGCAGCGCACAACCUCCAAGGACUUCCUCUUCCUCAACAACAAGACCUCCAGCUAUGCCGUCGAUGGUACAGCCAUUCCGGACGUCAGCUUUGACGUUGGCGAAUCUUAUGCUGGGUCGCUCCCCCUCUCCAGCAAUGCCAGCGAUCCGAAUCAGCUGUUCUGGUGGUUCUUCCCAUCGGAAAACGAAGACGCGAAGAAGGAGAUUGUGAUUUGGCUCAAUGGUGGCCCGGGAUGCUCUUCCCUCGAGGGCCUUCUCCAGGAAAACGGCCCGUUCAUUUGGCAGUAUGGAACCUAUUUGCCGGUGCAGAACACCUGGUCUUGGAACAAGCUCUCCAACAUUGUCUACAUUGAGCAGCCCGUGGGCACCGGCUUCUCUGUCGGCACCCCAACCGCCACGAGCGAAGAGGAUGUUGCCCGGCAGUUUCUCGGCUUCUGGAAGAACUUUGCCCAGCUCUUCUCUCUCCAGGGCUACAAGGUCUACAUCGCUGGCGAGUCUUAUGCUGGAAUGUACUGCCCGUACAUUGCGGCCGCUAUGGUUGAUGCUAAUGACACGACCUACUACAAUCUGAAUGGCGUCAUGAUCUACGACCCCGUCAUCGGCUACAACGAUAUCCAGAACACCAUUGUAGCCACCCCAUUUGUCGACUACUGGCCGGGCCUGUUUCCUUUCAACGACAGCUUUGUCGCCGAUAUCCACAACCGCAGUGAUAGCUGCGGCUACUCAGACUACUUGAGCAAAUACCUCGUCUACCCCCCUUCAGGGCAGCAGCCAACGAUCCUUCCCGGCCAGGACAGCACUGGAACAACUUACGACGACUGCGAAAACAUCUACAACGACAUUAUCGGCGCUGCUCUGCUGGUGAACCCUUGCUGGGAUAUCUACCAAGUCGCCACGACCUGCCCCCUGCUGUGGGAUGUUCUUGGCUUCCCCGGUACGCUUGGCUAUUUGCCAGAUGGAGCACAGCUCUACUUCGACCGUGACGAUGUCAAGAAGGCCAUCCACGCGCCCAACAUGACUUGGGCAGAGUGCACGGAUGUCAAUGUCUUUGUUGACGGCACUGACACGUCUGUUCCGUCUGGCCUGUCGGUUCUGCCAAAGGUCAUCGACGCUACCAAGAACGUCAUCAUCGGUCAUGGCGCUCUUGAUUUUGUGCUGAUCGCAAACGGAACCCUCUUGACCAUCCAGAACAUGACCUGGGGUGGAAAGCUUGGCUUCCAGUCGCCGCCGACCGAGCCUUUGUUCGUCCCAUACCACGACGACCCGGUCGAGGCCUCGAUGGCCGGCAGCGGUAUUCUGGGCACUGCCCAUACCGAGCGCGGCCUGACGUAUGCGGCGGUCGAUCUGUCCGGCCACAUGAUCCCACAGUACGCGCCCAGUGUGGCCUACCGCCAACUGGAGUUCCUCUUGGGACGCGUCUCCAGCCUUUCGUCGACCGAGCCGUUCACCACAGAUGCCAACGUCACACAGCCUACUGGUGAUCUGGGCAACGGCAACGCUCCGCAGGGUUAUGCCACUGUCAACAAGAAGAACGGCACUUCGUGCUCCAUUUCUACUAGGACCAGCUCUGCCGCCAGUGCUAUUGUCACGAGCGAAGCGACGGCUAGGAGUCUGCCAUUGGCCGCAAGCCUCUCUGCGGGACUCGCUCUUCUUGUGACGCUGAUGAUUUAA